AAAAUUCAUUUCUUUGGGAGAAGAAACAAGAAAUUAAAAAAGUACACCGCGUAAUUUAUUUAAAAGUCAUCUUCCAACCGUAUGUACUCCGUCUCAUCCUCUUCCCCAAUCAAUAAAAUAAAUCCCUAAUUAAAAUUUCACUAUUUCAUUCAUUUUUCGAUUCUUUAUCCUACGACUCUUCGAAUCUCGCUUUUCGAUUGAUUCAGUAUCUAUACUUUUAUCACGUAAACCCUAUUUCUCUGAUAAAUCUCAGCUUAAAAUUAUGUUGCAUAGAGGAUUUAAACCCGCGAAAUGUAAAACGGCAUUGAAUCUUGCAAAGUCGCGGAUAAAAUUGAUGAAGAAUAGAAAGGAUAUACAAUUGAAGCAAUUGAGGAGAGAAGUAGCUCAAUUGCUUGAUUCUGGACAGGAUCAAACUGCCCGAAUUCGAGUUGAGCAUGUGAUAAGGGAAGAGAAGAUGAUUGCUGCAUAUGAAAUGAUUGAGAUAUACUGUGAGCUUGUCGUUGCGCGGUUGCCAAUCAUCGAGUCGCAAAAAAAUUGUCCUCUUGACUUGAAAGAAGCUAUUGCGAGUUUAAUAUUUGCAGCUCCAAGGUGUGGAGACAUUGUUGAGCUCCAGGAUGUUCGCAAGCAUUUCACGGCAAAAUAUGGUAAAGAGUUUGCCACUGCUGCUUCUGAGGUCCGCCCAGCAUGUGGAGUAAGCAGAACUCUGGUUGAAAAGUUAUCUGUGAAUGCCCCUGAUGGUCAGACGAAAGUGAAACUCCUUACUGCUAUAGCGGAAGAACAUAACAUUAAAUGGGAACCAAAUUGGUUCAAAGACGAAGAUCCAGUACCUUCUGUUGACAUUCCGAAGGUAGCAGUCACACAAUCUAUGGAGGGCAAUAAAAUACAAAUGCAACCCCUAAACUAUGAGCUUGCCGACGACCUUGAGGAAAAUAAUUCUCGUGAUAAAGCAAGACCAGGGAUUUCUUCUCAAAGACAUGCUCAUACACACAGUGAUUUAGUUCCGCCAUCUUCCACUCCUCAUCCUGAUCCUAGAUCUUCAGAGAGUUCCUCGGAGAAGAUGAAAUUCAGUCAGUCUUCUGGAACUGCUGAAAGUAUUUUUGGGACUGGCAGGCAAAAUUGGAACAUGGAAUUCAAGGAUGCAGCUGCUGCUGCUCAUGCUGCUGCUGAAUCUGCAGAAAUGGCAAGCUUCGCUGCAAGGGCUGCUGCAGAACUUGCUAGUUGUAGCAACGUUAAGAGUGAUGGCCACCAUCACAGUGCUGGCAGUGGGCUGCAACAGAACCAUGUGCACAGAAAUUCAACCAGUGGUUCAUUUGAUCAGAAGAGUCCAAGAAUGCAGAACCAAGAAGAUUCAUAUAGGCAAGGUAAUAUGACAGAGGGAGGUGAUGCCAUAAAUUUGAACAAAGAUUACACUCAAUAUGGAGGGCAGUAUGAGGCCGGAAAACAAGAUUUUACCGAGAGAAAAAGCAGAAGGCAUACAAGAGACCCUUAUUCUACUCCUAUUACUUACCAACCUGAAGAUGAGUAUGAAAUUGAGUCUUCUGAGAACCCUUUCCAUGAAGAGACGGUUGAAAGGAAGAAUCACUCUGAAAGUUUUCAAUCUCAAUCUAGUGUUUUUGAAGACGAGUAUGGUGUCUUUUCAAAUAUGAACUACGAUAACAAGAAGCAUGAUUCAGGUGAUGGCUAUUUAGGUAGUUUCGGUAGGAAAACUGAUGACCAAGAAGAUUGGCAUGCUCGAAGUGCUUAUACGUUUGAUGAAGAAGACGCGACUUUCAAAGAUCAUAGAGCUGGAAAUAGAAUUCUGGAAUCAAAUCAUAAAGAGGAAAAUAUAUUUGACUCUGGAAAUGAUAUUUUUGUUAAGAUGGACCACAGGACCAGUGGCAUGGGUCUAGAUGAAAAGGAAAUUCAUACUAAUUCUGAAGUGUUUUUUGAUGAAUCUGGCUCUGAUGAUGAUGAUAAAAGUGUUUUCAAUCCUACAGAGGAACACAAUUUUCAUGCUCCUGCUGAACCUACAUGUAUAGGUUCCUCUAUAAACCAAGACAAUCGUCACCUUGAACCUGAACUUUCGGAAAGUUUUAGAAGAUCACCAAUAUAUUCAAAAUUAACUGAACCCAUGUCUCUGAAUUUUGAUGAUUCUGAUGGGGCAAGUUCGGGGAAUGAGGAAGAGCUGCAGAAAGUGAAAUUUGAUCCUGGGGUUCCUAGUUAUGAUAACCAAAUGCCUGGUGCAGACCCCCAUUUUGAGCUGAGAUCAUCAAAAGUAGAAAAGGGAACCACUGAUAAUUCCAUGAGCAGUAAACACAUGGAGGAAAAACAAUAUUCUGGUUCAUUGUACGGGAAUAGUUCUGCAGCACAGUCAACUGGCUUUAAAAGCCGGUCUGAUCAUGAUGUAUCUUAUGAAGGUGGACCUCAGAAAUCAUUGGAGUCCUUGAGACAUUCAGAAUCACGACAUCCUGAUUCUGAGUUUAAAUAUGAAACCCAACCUACCUCUGAUGGUGGUAUGGGGUUGAACCUAGGAUUAUUGCCUGGUGGACGUCGAAACAGGGCUCAUGGGCACAUGCCAAAAGGUGGAUUAGCUGAUGCUUCAUCUCCCUCAAAAUCUACUGACGCAUCCCUAAGUAAUACUUUUGGUUCCAGUGAGAAAGCUUCUACUUAUGAAUCUCAAUCAUCAUCCAGUCAAAUAGACAACAAACAGGUGCCUGUGAAGAUGAGUGGGGUCCAUACAAAUUAUGAUUCAUCUAGUGAUGAUAAUGAGAUGAUAAUUACGAGGAAGGAUGCAAACAGCGCUGAGGGGGCAUAUAGAACAAGAAGUACGAUUGAUGGAAACACAAGUAAAACUAGUUUGAAAAGUUCACCAAGAUAUUUUGAUUAUGAUGACAGCAGCUCCGAGGAGGAUGUACCUAAACCUGUCGCGAGUAAAACAUUUCUAGGUGCUGGACUAUCUCGGAGAACUAAAGCUUCUGCUCCCAGAACAGUUACCAGAUCUACUGCAUCUGAUACAGCAAAGACGGGGAGGUCUUCAAGUUCCUACAUUACUGAAUUAUCCAGCUCUAGGAUCAUCGGCCAAUCAAGAAGGGAUGAUGACCAGAAUAUGGCUGCGAAAUCAUCAGAGGAUGUCAUAAGUACAUCUUCGUCAGUUUUAGAAAAACCAGUAACUCCGAAAUGCACUGAUGUUCCUGAGACAUUGAAUAAUGAAAAAACUCCUUCUAGAGAAAACUCCACAAAAAAUCCCAGCCAUGUUCACCCCAAGCUUCCUGAUUUUGAGACAUUAACUGCGCAGCUGCAUUCUUUGCGGAGAAAUCGCUAAAUAGCCAUUGUGACUUAAAUUCAUAUACUGUACAUAGCUAUUCAACAGGUAUGUAUACAAUUCAUGUUCUGGAGUGUCUUCUCUUGAUAUUUAUACUGUGAAGCAGAACUUCCAUAUGCAUGUUUUAUAUGCCACACUUGACAGAAUUCGACCCCGUAAGUGGUAUUUCUUGAGUUGUACUAGUUUUGCCAAAAAAAAAUUGCAGCAUCUUUACUUAAGAUCGAUGAUAUAUCAUUUGUAUAGAAUACUUCAAUACGGUUAAGUGUGAGAGAACAUUAUUACAUUGGAACAGUUUUGUACAAGUAUGAUUGUGUUGUUCUAUUACCUUCGUUCUCAAA